AAUAUAUAUUAUUUUGUUGUAGAUAAUUAAUUAAUUAUUAAUUUAUUAUACAAAAUAAUAAUGGUAAACCCUAAGGUGUACUUGGACAUGGAGGUGGGUGGUUCACCAGCUGGUCGGAUCGUGAUAGAGCUGUACGCGGACACGACGCCGCGCACGGCGGAGAACUUCCGAGCUCUUUGUACGGGGGAAAAGGGAAUUGGAAAGAGCGGUAAAGCUUUACACUACAAAGGGUCAAGUUUCCACCGAGUGAUCCCUGGGUUCAUGUGCCAGGGAGGUGAUUUCGUGGCAGGUAAUGGGACCGGGGGAGAGUCCAUCUAUGGCUCAAAGUUUGCGGACGAGAACUUCGUGAAGAAGCACACUGGGCCUGGGAUACUGUCUAUGGCAAACUCUGGGGCUGGCACCAAUGAGUCCCAGUUCUUUAUAUGUACGGCAGAAACACCAUGGCUCGACGGGAAACACGUGGUGUUUGGUAAGGUUGUUGAAGGAAUGAAUGUGGUUAAAGCCAUUGAGCUCGUUGGGUCUCCCACUGGCAACACCUCUAAACCCGUCAUCGUCGCUGAUUCAGGCCAACUUUCCUAGCUAGCUAGCUAGCUAGCACACCAAUACACGAAUAUAAUAUGUUAUGGUAGCAGUUUAAUUAAUGUUAUAUAUGUGCUCUGGUUUAUCUUAUUACAAAGCUCACUAGUGGUUAAAAUAUAUAUUAAUCUAAUAUGAUUUAUGUUUAGUUGAAGUUUUA